UCGUAGUUCUUACCCAGUUCCAGGCCCAGCAGUUCCCAGGUCAAGACUAUGGCAGUCCUCAGGUCCUUGCUGCUGCCACUGGGGCUGUGUCUGUGCCUCAGACUGCUGUUUUCUUCUGCCAACCCUGUCGCUGACAUUGACAACUGCAUGCCCUUUGAUAAGGUCAUCACCACCACUGGCUCAGCCAUCAGGGUUGAUUCAGAUGUCUAUAAAAGCAACAAAAUCUACACAGUAUGGGUUCCUGUGAACAACAGUAUCAGCUCUGUGGUCCUACAAGCAGUGGACAACAACAACAACUCCAUAGGCAACUGGCAAAAAGCAGACAAGUAUUGCAACAGCAGUGCCAUCUAUAACCUGAAGGACUCACACAACAUGAUCUUCGUGGCAAACUGGAUAUCUCCUAAUUCCAGGAACAUAACCACAGUCGAGCUACAAGCCUUCACUAUCAAUUUCGACAACGUGGCUACAUUUUCUUUUCUGAAACUGAAAAAAAAUGAGAUGACCACAAGCUUGACCCCCACGACCUCAACCUCCAAGCCCUCCACAACCUCCAGGCCCUCCAUGACCUCCAUGGCCUCCAAGACCUCCAUGGCCUCCAAGACCUCCAGUACCAGGCCAACCACAACCCCACAUCGAACCACACCCAGAAGCUUGGCCAACAGAGUCUUCCUCAGCCCCAUCACAGAUGCCAUCCAUAUCCUGCUCAUCUUUCUCACCAGCAAACUUCUAUUCUAGAAGGAAGCUAGGGGAACAAUUGCUCCUGCCUCCACUGCAUUCUCCUACAUUCAGCUCCAAGCCAGUGCUCCGAUAUGUGUGUGAACAAAGGCUUUACGUUCUCAAAUGUACAGCUCUACUGCCACCACUUCAGACCCACACAGAGACGUAAGGGUAACUCAGUGGAGGGUAGCUAGUCCACUCACUGGUGGACUUGGGGCACACAGAUGUUCAAAUGGAUCUUUCAGUACAUAAAUUAGGCUUUUUGUAACUACUUAGACCCUGUCUGGGUAUAACCUGGAAUUCUGGCUCUCUUUAAUAUGUUGACAGCCAAUUUAAACUUUUCUUCAUUGCCAAAUGAUUCCUCUGCACCCCUGAGUCUUUGUGGGAAGAAUCUUUCCUCACUUUCAAGAUGAUCUCAGAUUUCUGACGAAACCCACUCAGGUUACACAGAGCUUCUAUGAUUCAUGUGAUUCAACUAGGAAAAGAGAAAGAGUUAAUAGCCCUGAUGCUAUUGGCAACAUCAGUAGCAUUUGAAGGGCAAGAAAAUAAGAAUGUGCCAUGUCUGAGCAGCCAAGGAUAGGUGAAGAUUAUGGUAUAAAAGCAUUAUUUUCUAUGUCAUACCAAAUAAACCAUACUUCAAACAAGAAUGAUGAAGGUGUUAAAUUCAAAUUUACUUAAAAUACAGAGAAUGUUAUUUAAGUUUAUUCAUUGAUGGGAGCAUUAAAAAAUUAAUAGAAUGGUGAGAGUUUUCAAGGCCAGAUCUAAGGUAAAAUUUUCUCAAUUUCAAUUUUCCUCAAGUGCAAACUGGGCACUUUUCCUCCAAUGAUAAUUUCCACUAAGAUAAAUGGGACAAGAUAUUUACAAUAUUCAUAAUAUAAUGCAAAACCAAAAGAAAGCAUGGUAUUUCCAGUAAUAAGCAACAAAAUUUUCUUUUAAUAAAUAUGCUAAAUUUCA